CUGAGACUUCAGCUCUGAUACAGGGACCCCAGAGCGACUAAUACACAGGAGAUGGACAUACAUGGAGGAACUGACAUCGUCAGUGAUGCUUAGAAAAAUCCAAAUCUUGUUUGUCAUUUGAGAAGAACAACUUGCUGUGCUGGGCCCAGUUGGGGAAAAUUUGUAUUUCUCAGUAAUGGAAAAAGACCCAAACCAGAAAAUGGGAUAUAGUCUGGAGUUAAUGGUGCUUCUUGUUUUGAUGACAACAGCUUCAUCUAUUGCUCUGAGCAGAGACGAAUUUACAGAAGCAGUGGAGUAUUUAAGGAAGUAUGGUUAUCUACACAUCUCACUGGACAGUAAAGGCCAAAACCAUGCACCAGAGGCGAUAGCUGAAGCCACAAGAAUCUUUCAGAAAGUGACAAAUCUGCAAGUAUCUGGGGAACUAGAUUUAGCCACACUGGCAAUGAUGAACAGACCUCGGUGUGGAGUCCAGGACUCUUUCAAUAACAAAUCUCUUCAAUAUCGAGUCAUGGGUUACUGGCGUAAGAAGAUGCUGACCUACCGCAUCUAUAAUUACACUCCCGACUUGGGUCAAGGAAAGACACGUUUGGCCAUCCAGAGCGCGUUUAAGUACUGGAGUGAUGUGUCUCCUUUAAGGUUCAAGGAGCUGCAGCGGGGAAGAGCAGACAUUAAAAUCUCCUUUCACAAGAAAGACAAGACGUGUCCAGUCCCCUUUGAUGGCCGAGGCCGUGUUUUAGCCCAUGCUGAUGCCCCAGAGUCAGGCAUUGUGCACUUCGACGAAGACGAACUGUGGACAGAAGGGAAGAGCCACGGCUCCAACCUGAGGAUUGUUGCAGCUCAUGAGAUUGGCCACGCUCUUGGCCUGGGCCACUCACAGUACUACAGCGCACUCAUGGGACCCGUCUACAACGGAUACCGCUCAGACUUCAAGCUGCACUCAGACGACAUACGAGGGAUCCAGGCUUUAUAUGGAAAACCAGAGAAUACUCUUUCACCCAGAAAUCCAAGUGAGCCAGUGUCAGGAGGAGCUGUUGCAGAUCCUUGCAAGGCCACACUGGAUGCAGUUAUGUUGGGUCCCUUGCAGAAGACAUAUGUAUUCAGCGGUCAGUACGUGUGGACGGUGUCCAGCUCUGGCUACAACUCUCCCAUCCUGAUCUCUGCGCUGUGGAAGGAGCUGCCAGGGAGCCUCAGUGCAGCUGUUCACUCCCAGCGGACCGGCAAGUCCUAUUUUCUGAAAGGAGACAAAGUAUGGAGGUACACAGGAUUCAAACUUGACAAGGGCUUUCCCAAACGCUUGACCAACAUCCCUGCAAAUAUCGACUCAGCCUUGUAUUUCAAUAAGAACAAAAAACUGCUGUUUUUUAAAGGAUCUGGAUACUGGCAGUGGGAUGAAAUCGGUCCAACAGAUUUCAGCUCAUACCCUAAACCUAUAGGGCAACUCUUCCACGGGGCACCCAGCAAUAUUGACGCUGCAAUACAAUGGACAAAUGGUCAUAUAUAUGUGUUCAAAGGCGCUCAGUACUGGCGUGUAAACCAGAACCACCAAGCAGUAGAGAAGGCCUAUCCUCUGGAUGUCACCACACACUGGAUGCAGUGUGAUGACUGAGCCACCAGAUGCCGCCAGAGAUUCAACACAAAUCCUGCAACAGUGAUUGAGUUUAGCAACAGUGAGAGAUCCUUAUUUAUUUGGAGCCUGACAUAUACUUUGAAAAUGCACUGUAUGAAUCCUCUGUGAGAGGAAUGAGAGCAUUAUUCUUCUUCUUUUUGGACAAAAUUGGCAUGAAUUCAAUAAAAGAAUAAAUAUUUGCAUAA